AUGGCUAGGGUGUUCCUGCUGCUGCUGCUGGGCUGCUGGUCGGCAGUGGGGGCGUUGUCCGACUCCCCGUCGCCUGGCUUUCCCGCACCAGCCCAGGUGUACUCGUCGCAAGAACAGGCCGGCGGUGGCACCGCGGUGCUGGCCCCGAAUGCCGCAGUGCAGCAGGGGGCGGCGCCGCUGGGCCCGGCGCUGGGGCGGGUGCCGCAGCCAGAGGGCUGCUCUGCGGCCUGCCGCUCCCAACCAGCCUGCGCCUGGUUUGAGUACUGCCAGGCCCCGGCUGGGUGCUCGCAUGGCGGGGAGCAGCUUGCAUACCUGGGCUGCCGCCUAUAUGCCCCAACAUGCAACGAGACGGUGCAGCUAGAGCCCGCACAAGGGCUGGUGGCAGGCUUCCCUGCGCGCAUGCCGCCCCUCACCGUCAGCGGUUUUGCCACAGUGGCGGGGCAGGGCAUCGCAGGGGCAGACAUGGCCUGCUCCGCGUCGCUGCUGCCCGGCGCCUGUGCGCUGCGCAGCAUAGAGGAGGCGCAGGUUGUGUGCCUGGCAGCGCCCGAGUGCCGAGCCAUCACAGUCUUUCUAAACGGCACCGACGGCUGCUCUGGCAAGCCGCUGAGCCUGCUGAAGACUGAGGGGCUGGCCCCGGGCAAUGCCUUUGUGGCUUCCGGCGUAGCUACCCUGCAGCUGCCUGAGACGCGACAGGCGGUGAGCACUCAGCUGACGGACAGCGAGGGGCAGGUGCUGCUGCCCAGCGAACCCGAGCUGGCGGCGGCGGCCAACGCCAGCGCCAGCGCGGCGAGCGCCGCCGCCGCCUGGCUGGGCUGCCUGCUGGGCAAGGGCACGAUUAUGGCGGGGCGGGUGCUGCAAGUGCUGAGCGGCGUGGCGAGCGCCGAGGCGUGCUGUCGGCGCUGCCGGCAGCAGUACAGUACCGCUGGAGGAUGUACGGUGUGGAACUACUGCGGCACCCAGGGUGGAUGCAGGUACCAGGGCCCCCAGAUGGCGCAGAACCUGAGCCUGCAGGCUGGCCAGUGCGAGCUGCGGUACCAGGAGAUAGUACUGCCCGCCGUCGGCUGGCCCCCCGCCCUGCUGGCGCACGGCCCCUCGGUGCCUGUUGUCGGCGGCGCCCCACUGGCGGUGGCUGCCUCUCAGCCGCCCGCCGGCUUCCAGCAGCUUCCGGGUCGCGGCUUGGCGGCGAGCAGCAGCGCCGCAGACUCACCCUGCGGCGCCUCCUCCCUGGCCGGCCAGGCGCAGUGCUGGCUCAACGUGAGCUCAGUGGCGGCCAUGGCUGCGUGGUGCCAGCAGGACUACCGGUGCGCCGCAUUCGUGCCCAGCCAAGGCGAGGGCCCGGCUGCAGCCCCGGAGCGGGCCGUGUUUCAGCAGGAGUCCUCCGCCGCCUCCCGCCUCCUGGUACCGACAAGUACCAUGUACCUUAAGCAGGAGCUCUACUCGGCGCCGGCGGCAGGCAACGCCACGGCCAGCAGCGGCAGCAGCAGCAGCGGCAGCGGCGGCGGCAGCAGCGGCACCGGCCUGUCGGCCGGCGCAGUGGUGGGGAUCGCAGUGGCCUCGGCGGCGGCGGGAGUGGCGGCGGGGCUGGGGCUGUUUCUGCUGCUGCGGGCGCGCGCGCGGCGGCGGCUGGGGGCUGGAGAGUCUGGCAAGGCUCUGGAAGGGGGUGCCGCCUCGGCCGAGCUGGAAAGUAGCCUGGGCCAGGCGGCCCAGAAGAGCAGCAGCGGGGACAGCUUCCCGCCCUGCCCUCCCGCCGCCGCCGCCGCCAGCCAGCGCCAGCAGCAGCAGCAGCAGGCGGCGGAGCUGCGGGACUGGCAGGUGCGGCAGCUGCGGCAGCAGAUCCCGCCCCAGGUGCGCCAGAUGGAGCAGCAGCAGCAGCAGUACGAGCAGCAGCAGUACCAGCAGCAGGGAGGGCUGUACCGCAGCGUCACCUUCUCAAUGCCCGGCUCCGCCUCCCCGCCUGAGGCGGCAGCGGCAGCGGCACGCCUGUCAGGGGAUGGCCUGCUGUCGCCCUUUGCCGCCGCCAGCGGCGGCUUCGGCAGCGACGGCGGCACGCCAUCGCUCAGCCGCGCCGCCAGCGUGCCUCAGCCCGAGGCAUCGGCUGGGGAGCUCGCAGACGGGCUGGGGCUGAUGCCCGGCGGCAGCGGCAGCGGCAGCGGCAGCGGCAGCGGCCUGGUGCGGCAGGGCAGCCUGCCCGGCGGCGGCAUCGGCGCCAGCCGCGCCGGCAGCGCGCCGCCGCUGCCGCCCGCAGCGCGCAGCGGCAGCGAGUGGGUGGUGGACCCAUCGCUGGUCACCUACCAGCGCUGGCCCAACGGAAAGCUGCGCGACCUGGGCAGCGGCGCCAGCGGCCACGUCUUCAAGGCCAGCUACAACGGCGAGACGGUGGCGGCCAAGGAAAUGGACCUGGGGAAGAGCGCCGCGGUGCAGGAGGCCUUCAUCAACGAGGCGAUGAGGCUGCAGGCGCUGCGGCACCCCAACCUGGUGGGCUUCUACGGUGUGUGCCUGGCGGGCAGCAAGGGGGUUGUAUUGCUGGAGUACUGCGAAGGCCGCGACCUACACUCCGCCCUGGGCGUGGUGUCUGCGGGCGGCUCCCAGCGGCUCUUCUCGUGGUACCGCCGCGGGCGGCGCGUGGCCCUGGAGAUUGCCAAGGCCCUCAAUUACCUGCACUCCAAGGGCAUAGUCCACUUCGAUGUCAAGUCCAGCAAUGUGCUGCUGACGAGCGGCGGUACCGCCAAGCUGGCCGAUGUGGCCUUCUCCCGGGAGCUGAUCGGGGAGGUACUGCCUGAUGUACCGCUCAUAGGCACCUUCCCCUGGAUUGCUCCCGAGGUGCUGCUGGGUGGGCGUGAGUGCACUCAGGCUGUAGACAUCUUCUCGUUUGGGGUGGUGAUGUGGGAGAUCAUCACGGGGGAGGCGCCCAAGCGCGGCGGCAUGCGCAUGCCCCUGGUGCCAGACGAGUGCCCGCAGGACGCCUCCGAUCCGAUGAUGGAGUGCCUGAGCGAGAGCCCCGCGGCCCGCCCCACCGCCGCCCAGCUGCUGCAGCGCCUGGGGGUGAUGCUGGAGCGCAGCGGCCGCGGCGGCCCGGCACGCACCCGCAGCUCGGUGGACGGCCUGCCGCGCCGCGCUUCCCUGGACGUGCUGGGCGGCAACGGCGGCGGCGGCGGGCGCGCGUCGUUCGAUGUGCUGGGCGGCGCUGGCGGCCGGGGCUCCGUCGAUGUGCUGGGCCCGCAGCAGAGCCUCAGCCCCAUCUCCAGCCCGGUCGACGGCGACGCGGCCCUGUCCAGCCUCAGCCUCAGCUCGCGCCUGCCGCCCAUCAGCAGCCCGGGCAGCAGCGACGCCACCAGCCCGCCGCUGUCGCCGGGCUCGGGCUGACGGGCUGCCAGCCGGUGCCCGGAGUCGGCGGCUUGCCCUGCGGGGCCGUCCGACUGAUACGUCCGGCUUUCUGCUACAGCUGACUGUGAAGAUCGUAGGCAUUCUUCUGGAGCCGGCUCCGAAUCCUGCUGUUUGUUAACAUAGUUUGAUUAUGUGGGCCAUGCAUUUAUUGGUAGAUUAUAGAAUCUGCUGCCGCCCUGUAUCCUUUCCCGAAUCUAUCCUGUAUCCUCCCCUGAGCUUUCUCCCUCUUGACUUUGCCACACACACACCACCGCCCUCACACGCCCCCUACACCCUCAGCAGCUUCUGCCCCACAGCGCUCUGGCUCACUCUUCCCCUCACCUCCCACCUCCUACUCUCCCCUCUCGCCCAAACCUACCGCGCUGACCCUCCACGCCUCGACCGAUCCCCACCCACGCCUUGAUCCUUCGCACCCCUCCCUGUGGUCCUUGUCACCCCUCCCUGCUCCAUCAACGUUUUUCCAUGCUUUCAGCUCUCACCUGCCGGCUCCUGUUUUCCCGCCUUCCCGCUUACACCAUUUUUUCAGGCCCCUUGCGGCCCUCUCCGCUGCCUGCCUGUAACCGGCUCUGCACG